UCGCCACCAUGGUUCUGUUCGAUCUCGAUCGGCUCAUUACCGAUUUCUUCAAGACCACAGUCGUGCCGGGGAUCGCGAUUGGGCUGUGGUUAACCGAUUUAAUCGGCUACUGGGUGUGCUUCGCUUUGGUGGUGUCGUUUCUCGUCGCUUUCGUCCUGCUGCCGAUAUUCUUCAAAUUUUCCUUCGAGCUGCAGAAAAAGAUCCUGUUUCUCACCUUCAUUACCUAUCCGCCAAAUUUGGAGCUCAAGCGGCCAGAAAAGAGCGGCCUUUACGCGACACGCAACUUCUACAUCAACUACCGCGACCAAGAGGAAGAGAUCGAUGUGGACAUUGGCGUAUGGCACGUGCUGCCGAACGAUUUGGUGCACCGGUACGCGAAAGAGCUACACGUCGACGAGGGAAGGAUAUCGAACGGCACUCUGCCUACGAUAGAUGGCAACGUAAGCAAUGGUGGCAGCAUAUUGCCUGAUGCGAAGAGUUCCGCUAGUGAAACGGAAAACAAGUAUCGUGGCAUAGAGCGAGUGUUCCAGAGAGACGGGUUCACUCUGACCAACGAUGACCACCAGCGGGAACUGUUCGAGGAGUGUCUACGCGCGACAACGAACGAUGUCGUCCUGUAUCUGCACGGGAACACGGCCUCCCGAGGGGCGACCCAUCGGGUUGAGCUAUAUCAAAGGUUGCGUGGGCUUAACUACCACGUGAUAACGAUGGAUUACCGUGGGUACGGUGAUUCGGCCACUGUUUCGCCAACCGAGCGAGGAGUCGUCUACGAUGCACUAGCCGUGUAUCAGUACAUCACGAGUAUCACGAAGAAUCCGGUUUAUCUGUGGGGUCAUUCGCUUGGAACCGGCGUUUCAACGCAUCUCUUAUCGCUGCUGACCGAGAUGAGCUUACCCGGGCCCAGAGCGGUCGUCCUGGAGAGUCCUUUCAAUAACAUUAAGGAGGAGAUCUGUGCUCAUCCGUUCUCGACGAUGUAUCGCCAUUUGCCGUGGUUCGAUUUUCUCGUUUCCAAACCCAUGUACGACAACAAGCUGCGCUUUGAAUCUGAUCAGCAUAUAGGCGAGUUCCGCCAGCCCGUGUUAAUCCUGCACGCCGAGGACGAUCUCGUGGUGCCAUUCAAGUUGGGAUACAAGCUCUACCGCCGGGCGUUGGACACGAGAGGCAAAUCGUGGGGUCCGAUCGAAUUUCAUCGGUUCGAAAAGACCAGUCAUUAUGGCCACAAGUACAUCUGCCGAGCGCCGAAUUUGCCAGAAAUUGUUAUACGAUUUUUCCACGCGUACCGCAACGAGCAGUACUAGCGGUACUGAAAGUGGCAAGUGUAAAAUUGAACCCAAUUCAGUCCAGUUAGGACUGAUGUAUGUUGAGUUUGAGUGUCUAAAUGUCGCUGGAUUGUCCCGCAACGUGUGGAAGCCAAAUCUGCCUUGUAGCAUGUGGCAUGUGCAUUGAUCCAUUCAAAGCCAGGGAGUGCGUGCAAUGCACCUAGAAAGGAGAACUCUUCACCUAGUAGUUGUUAGGAAUUCGAAAAUAACAGGGAAAGACGCGAUACAAAGAAAGAGCCUAGCUCGAUUGUGUAGAGCGGCUAGUUUGCUCGCGUGUCUAUGACCAAAUUAAUUAGAUUUUUCGAAAUAAGCGUAGCCAUUCGAUUUGUAACAAGUGCUAGCAGAUCACCGAUAGUAUAGGGUGUUCUGUGUAUAGAAUACGCGUUGUCGUUAUUCAAAUAUCCUGUCAUGAUGUAAUAUCUUUUAGAUGAGCUGUUUGAGACCAAUGUCAAUAAACAAAAUUAUGGGAAAAAUAUUUACUGCCUCCAAACGAGCUUUCUUGUUUACGUUACGAUUACAUUGAGAGAAAUAACUCGCCGUAAAGUUGUGACGUUGUGUAUUGGUAUUUAAAAACAUGUAAAACGUUUGAGUUAAAUAGCAAUAACUUCAGUUAAAAAGCGUUCAAGAAAUUGUCUUACGAUUAUAUAACAAAGAAGAAAAUUCAGUAUGGUAAUAAUUAUCAAACCUUUUCAAAAACAAAUCUGUUCUAAAUAAUUAUAGAAGCGAGAAAAUAUAAGACAAAGAAGUGAGGUAAUAAAAUAGUG